AUGGCGGAAGCACCUGCCGAGAAUCCCAUGGGCUCCCAGAUACACCCUUUGCUACGCCAGAGGCUGCUGAAUCGCGCAGCAACCUUCUCAGAAGGCGCGCAACCUCCGCAAGCGCCCCGUCGACGCAGCUCUAUCCUCUCCCAGUACUCGGACACGCGACACUCUUUCCGCUCCUCGACCGAAGACCUCCUACAAUCCGUAGGCAAAAAUGAUAUGGCAAAGCUGACAACGAACGAUGAGGUGGAAUGGUACCACUCCGCUCAACAGACGCAGUACGUUGACUACGACGAACCAGAACGCGAUGACACGAUCCUAGAGGAAGACGAAAUCAGCGGUGAACCCUUAGAUGACGACCCAGAAGCCUCUGCGCUCGCCGGUUCAGCACCGCCAGAUGACAAGGAUAAUGUAGACAGUGGCAACGCGCCACCGACAAAAUCACAGGAGGAAGCACGCCAGGAGCUUGGGAAGAACGAGAUGCUGGCCCUGUUCACCUGCUUCAUUGGUCCCCUAGUCGGCGCAUACCUGCUGCACGCCAUACGUUCACAGCUUACUCGCCCAGCCGAAGGCCUUGUAUCCAACUACAAUCUCACCAUCUUCGUUAUGGGCGCUGAACUUCGUCCAAUCCAUCAUGUUAUAAAGAUGAAGCAAGCGCGAAUGCUGCACCUCCAGCGCGUGGUCCGCUCAGACAGUAAGCCCGAACUUCGCAAAGCAGACAUCCAAGAAAUAUGCGCUCGCCUCGCCAACCUCGAGGCACGAGCCACAGAACCUCCCCAAAACACGGAUAUCGAGAGUCUGAAGAUAGGAGCUACCGUAAGACAGGGCAUGCAGCCCCAACUCGACGCUUUGAACCGCGCCGUACGAAGAUAUGAAAAGCGCCAGGCAGCACAGGCUAUGCAGACAGAAGCACGCUUCCAGGAACUGGACAGCCGACUGAGAGACGCACUGGCUUUAGCAGCGGCAGCCGCUCGUACUGGACAGCGACCAGGCAUUGUGUCCAUGUUGUUGACCUGGUUUGCUAACCUCAUCACUCUCGGUGUGCAGACAAGCUGGGCGGUGGCUACGUACCCGUAUAGGACUGCAGCUGCAAUUGCGAAUCACGUCAGUGACUACAUUACGGGUGCAAAUCGGCAACCGAGGAAGAGGGUGAAAGGACAGAGUAAUGGUAAUCCGUAUGCCGCUGUCUCGACAUCUAGGGUGCAGUCGAGAAGCGGCAGGUGA